AUGAUGAUGGAUCAGGGACAAGGAAGAGAAAACUUGCUUCUUCAGAAAACCGAGGCCUGUGCCUUCGUGGCAGGUGUUGACGCUCACGACCUUCUUCCCUCUUCUGUCACCGUUCAAGGGAACAACACCAACACCAACAGGAUCAUAACUACUACCAUUCUCCAUAACGGGUCAUCAUCGGAACCGGGUCGGAUCCUCCAUCAUCAUGAUAUUCAGUACCAGCAGGAGCAGGAGCAGGAGCAGGAGGUUGGGCUUGUUGCCACCUUUGGAAACGUGCAUAGGAAGAGGAGAAUGGCUAGGAUGAGGAGGAGGUCCUCACCAACACUGAUGCACCUUCAGUUCCACGCUAACACCACCACCCCCACCACUACUCUUUUUCCACCUCUUUCUUCUUCAGGGCAAUCUUCUGAUACACCACCACCACCACCGACACUUUCUCCUCCUCCUCUUCUUCUUCCUUCUGCUGCUGUUGCUCCUUCCACUACUACUAAUACCUCCCCUCACGUGCCUACUCAUAAUCCCGCACGUGUAAUUGAUCAUACAAGCUUGAGAUUCCUUUUUCAAAAGGAGUUAAAGAACAGUGAUGUUAGUUCUCUCAGGAGGAUGGUAUUGCCAAAGAAAGCAGCAGAGGCUUUUCUUCCUCCUCUUGAAUCAAAGGAAGGAAUUCUUAUCAGCAUGGAUGACCUAGAUGGCAUUCAUGUUUGGAGUUUUAAGUACAGAUUUUGGCCCAACAAUAAUAGUCGCAUGUACGUCCUUGAAAACACUGGAGAAUUUGUUAAUGCACAUGCUCUUCGGAUGGGAGAUUCUAUUAUGGUUUACCAAGAUAGUCGAAAUCAUAAUUAUGUCAUUCAAGCAAAGAAAGCUUCUGAUCAAGAUGAAUUUAUGGAAGAAACUAACGACAUGGCAAAUGAUAUCUUCCUUAAUGAUUACGAAGUUAGCAAACCUGGUUGUUUCAGCUUGACUUACCCAGCUUUGAAUGACACUGCAGGCAUGUCAUUCAUAUAUGAGACUACAUUCUCAAAUGAUAGUCCUCUUGACUUUUUGGGCGGAUCAAUGACUAAUUUUUCAAGGAUUGGACCAACUGAAACCUUUGGUUCUGUUGAAAAUUUGUCACUUGAUGACUUCUACUAA